AGGCCACAGCCGGAUCUUAUCACGCGAACAAAUAUUACACAAACAGUCUUAUAAAUAUUUUAUAAACUUUGCGCUAUUGACACUGCAAGUAAUAUGUGGCUAGUGUCCAUUUUAAUAAUUAUCAUUAUAAUUUUAUCGUUUUAUAUUUAUAACCUAGCAACUCGUGGGAUAUGUACAAACAGUACGCAUUUAGUGGGAAAAGUUGUUAUUGUGACUGGUGCUAAUUCUGGAAUUGGAUUUGAAAUAGCAAAAGAUGCAGCAGAAAGAGGAGCACGGGUUAUCCUCGCUUGCAGAAAUGAGCAAAAGAGUAUAGAAGCAGUUGAUAAUAUUAAGAAAUCAACAAAAAACCAAGAUGUGUUCUAUUAUCAUUUGGAUCUCGCUUCCUUCGCGUCAAUCAGGAAAUUCGCUGGCAUCGUAAUUGAGACAGAGAAAAGAUUGGACAUUCUUAUCAAUAAUGCAGGAACAUUGACGGGAGCAAACGACGCAACAGAAGAUGGAUAUUCGUUAAUAAUGCAAACAAAUCACCUUGGUCCAUUUAUCCUGACAAAGCUAUUAAUUCCUCUACUGAAAACAAGUGCGCCAAGCCGUGUAAUAAUUACAGCUUCGGCUAUGCACAGAAUGGUGAGUGUUAAUGCUGAAGACAUGAGCAGAAAGCCGAACAGUCGAACUUUAAUUAACGCUAUAGUUUAUUUUAAAUCUAAACUUUGUAAUAUUCUAAUGACUUUUGAAUUAGAUCGUCGAUUAAAAGGUACAGGUGUUACUGUAAACUGUUUCGAUCCUGGUGUUGUUUACACUCCAAUGAUUCAUUAUAUUGAUUAUAAGUUAAUACGAUACGUAUUAAUUCUGUUUAGAUCAUUUUAUAAGAAGCCUUGGGAAGGUGCACAGACUUGUAUAUAUUUAGCGGUGUCUCCCGAUGUUGAGAAUGUUAGCGGGUGUUAUUUUAAGGAUUGCAAAAUUUCUAAGGCAAGUAAAACUGCGCAUGAUUUAGAGUUGGCUCAAACCAUUUGGAAUGAGUCUGAGAAAUGUGUUAAUUUGUAAGUCGUUAUGAUACUAAAUAGUGACGUAGAUACAUUAUUAAAGAGUUUAAUCACACAAA